AUGGGUAAGAGAUCGAGACCUGUGGGACUUUCAAAGAACAAGAAGAAGGCGAAGACCAAUGCUCCAGCAGAGGACAAGUCGGAGGCGCCCGCUGCGCCGCAAUUGACUUUGCUCGUCGCGGAAGACGAGGACCCAGAGGACGAGAUCGUACAGUUGAGAACUCUGUGGAACACGUACCUACAAGGUGGGAAGGACUCGGACACUUUGCUCAACGGGAUUGUCAACGAGAGUGACUCGUUGUUGAGCAACGACAGAGAGAAGUACGCUGCUAACAGCGAGUUCCUUGCCGUGUUCGCACUUGCGCUUUCUGAACUCGCCAUGUUCUGCGCGGACGACGCGGAGAGGAUGGAGAAGUAUAUGGGGACCGCUAUGGAACUGCUGGAUUUGCCCGAGGCAAGGGACGCAAGGGAGGAUCCGCUGUUGAAACUGGCAAGAAGCAAGAUUGUAUUCCAGAGGAUCCUUCUCAAUGGAUUACAACAAGAGGAGAGCGCUGCUGAGGACGUUGUCGCCCAGUUUAUGGGCGCACGUGAGAGCUUUUCAGUGACCGACCACGCACCUUACCACUUGUCCACGUUUGAAACGCUGAACUUGGCGCAUGACUUGCUAGAGGUUGUCGAAAACUACGGGAAACCGUUUGCCGUGCCGGACAAUGAGGAGGUCGACAGUGACAACGACAGCGAGGCGGAGGAGAACGGCGCAGACGACGCCGCGGUCGCCGUCGAGAUGGUAUCCCUGGACAAGUCCUCCCCAGUGCACAAACUCAAGCAAGAACUGCCAGCACACAUGGCCUGGUGCAGAGACCAACUUGCAUUGCUGGAUAACCGCGUCUCCAAGGAGCAAGCGGAGGGACCCAAACUGAAAAACAACAUCAACAGACUGAUCGGUGAGCUGUACCUGCGCGAGGCGGACCCGCUCUCCACGAAGUUCUUGUCGCUGCAGUACAACGACGACGAAGAUGACGCAGAUGCAGAUGCAGCGGCGGUGAACCAGUUGCGCAAGGACGCGCUCGCGCUGACAGACAAAGCCAUCUCCCACUUCAUUGCCGCAGAGGACCCAGAGGACCCGGCUACUUGGGUGCAGCUUGCAGAGAGCUACAUCGACUUAGGCAACUUGCAGGACAACGAGUCUGUGGAGCAAGAGGCCACUUACACGAAGGCGGAGAAGCUGCUGCGCAAAGCCAACGUCGCCGCCCACAACAAGUACGAGGACGUCUUGAACAACCUGUUGGGUUGA